AAAGGAUUGGCAGUCGUGGUCAAAACUGAUGGACAGCAGGCAUGGGCCAACCGGCAUCAGUUACAAUGAAUCCACGGGUUUGAUACAAGCAUCUGACGACUGGUGGGCGCAUUACGAAAAGGUUGACAAGAAUGCGAUCAAGUUCAAAACAAAACCGUUGGAGCACAUGGACCUCAUGCGAAGGGUGUACGAAGGCGCUACGGCAACCGGAAAAUAUGCAUGGACACCAGGUGUAGCGUUCGAACCUGUGGCAACCGAUGACGGUACUUCGGCAGCGCUUGAAGAAGACUGCGAGGACAGCAGCGGGUUACCCCCUUUCCAGCCUUCCGCGCAGCAUGAACACACUGUGCACGACACUGUUGCGCAAGAGGAUGGCACGCCGGCAACCGUGCAUGCUGCGUCAUCGGGAAUUAACGCUGACGACACACCAACAAGUGGCAGGAGCAAACGCAAGUCGCCAGGCCCAACACACCCACAGCGGAAAAAAGGGCAGAGUGAGGGAGCUUCUCUGUUGGCGAGUAGUAUGGAAAACCUUGCAUCCUCCGUGAAAUUACAACAACGACAAAUCCGCGUCUCACAUGAGUACGCAGAUUCGGCACAGUCCCUCAUUCAGAAGUGUAUCAGAAGGUUGUAUUCGCUGGAAGGGCUCGAUCCGCAAGACCCGCUAGUUCCUUUUGCUCAAUCGGUACUUGACAACCCGGCAAAUCAAGCCUUAAUGAUGGAGAUUCCUACAGACGCGGCUGUCAUUGCUUGGUUGCGAACCAAGAAGUCCCGUGAGCAAUGCAUCGGUGGCCCAUCAGCAGCAAAUUCCGGAAUGGGUGGUGGCUGGUUAUGAGACAGUCCAGCAAAUAAGUUGUCUCUUUGUUAAUGUUUAUGUGUGGCUUCUUUAUCCUUCCUUCCCUCCCAAAAAAUAUUGCAUUGUUUGUGGAAUUUUUAGGACAUUAUCAGUUGAUAUAAUAUUUGUGUGAUGAUGUUGAUGUUAUACUAUGUGCUUGUUGCUGCCUUUUAAAUUUCGUGCAUUUUUUAGUAAGCAACUGUCCAAUGAAGCAACAGUCCAAUUAAGAUCUUG